CCGGUUCUGACGCUUCUCGCUGCGGUGGUUCCCGGGCGGAGCUCUCAGUCAGCGAUAAAGAGCGAAGGUUCAGCUCCGUGCUCCCCUCACUUAGCCUGGCAGCGUCCGUCCUGCUACAUGGGCUCCUCUGCCACACAGUAGGCGGUUGGCUGGAGGGACGUGUGUGACUAUUGCGCGCUGAGCUCGAGCUGGGAUUAUGGCUGAUUCGGAGAGCGGCGAGAGCGGUGGCAGUGAGCCGGGCAACCGGUUCGCUCGGCAGGGUGCCCUGCGACAGAAGAACGUGUGCGAGGUUAAGAACCAUAAGUUCAUCGCUCGCUUCUUCAAGCAACCUACAUUCUGCAGCCACUGCACCGACUUCAUCUGGGGCUUUGGGAAACAAGGAUUCCAGUGUCAAGUUUGCUGCUUCGUGGUACACAAGAGGUGUCAUGAGUUUGUUACCUUCUCCUGCCCUGGAGCAGACAAAGGACCUGAUACUGAUGAUCCAAGGAGCAAACACAAAUUUAAAAUCCACACUUAUGGAAGUCCCACAUUCUGUGAUCACUGCGGCUCUCUGUUAUACGGCCUCAUCCACCAAGGGAUGAAAUGUGACACCUGCGACUUGAACGUACACAAGAAGUGCGUCAUAAAUGUACCCAGCAUGUGUGGGACUGACCACACAGAGAGGAGAGGCAGGAUUUACCUGAAAGUGGAGGUUGCCGAUGACAGCGUGCUCCGUGUCACAGUGAGAGAUGCUAAAAAUCUAAUCCCCAUGGAUCCAAAUGGCCUUUCCGAUCCCUAUGUUAAACUCAAACUCAUCCCUGAUCCCAAAAGUGAAAGCAAACAGAAGACAAAGACCAUCCGAUCAACACUCAACCCCACCUGGAAUGAAUCGUUCUCUUUUAAACUGAAGAAUAGUGACAAAGAUCGACGACUUUCAGUAGAAAUCUGGGACUGGGAUCGCACCACCAGAAAUGACUUCAUGGGUGCCUUGUCCUUUGGUGUAUCUGAGCUGAUGAAGUCCGGAGCAUCUGGUUGGUUCAAGCUGCUAAGCCAAGAAGAAGGAGAGUACUACAAUGUUCCCAUCAUGGAGGAUAAUGGGGAUUCUGAGCUACAUCAGAAAUUUGAGAAAGCCAAACUUGGACCAGCUGGUAAAAAGGUGAUUGAAAAGAAAGCAAGUUCGCCAUCAAAUAAUUUGGACCAUGUGAAUAUAUCAGACUUCCACUUCUUAAUGGUGUUGGGCAAAGGAAGUUUCGGCAAGGUCAUGCUGUCAGAGAGGAAGGGAACAAAUGAGCUUUACGCCAUCAAGAUUUUAAAGAAAGAUGUGGUCAUUCAGGAUGAUGAUGUUGAAUGUACCAUGAUUGAAAAGAGAGUCCUUGCCCUGAUGGAGAAGCCCCAUUUCCUAACACAGCUCCACUCUUGUUUUCAAACUAUGGAUCGUCUUUAUUUUGUCAUGGAAUAUGUGAAUGGUGGUGAUCUCAUGUACCACAUUCAGCAAGUUGGGAAAUUUAAGGAACCCCAAGCAGUUUUUUAUGCAGCAGAGAUUGCAGUCGGGCUAUUCUUCUUGCAUCAGAAAGGAAUAAUUUACAGGGACUUGAAACUGGAUAAUGUGAUGCUGGAUGCAGAGGGACACAUCAAAAUUGCUGAUUUUGGCAUGUGCAAAGAAAACAUAUUUGACAGUGUAACAACUCGAACUUUCUGUGGGACCCCAGACUACAUAGCACCAGAGAUUAUUGCUUAUCAGCCAUAUGGAAAAUCUGUGGACUGGUGGGCCUAUGGAGUAUUGCUUUAUGAAAUGCUGGCUGGUCAGCCUCCAUUUGAUGGGGAAGAUGAGGAUGAGCUCUUCCAAUCUAUCAUGGAACAUAAUGUAUCUUAUCCUAAAUCCCUGUCAAAGGAAGCCGUUUUGAUCUGCAAAGGGUUGAUGACUAAGCAUCCAGCAAAACGUCUUGGAUGUGGACCUGAGGGAGAAAGGGACAUUCGGGAUCAUGCUUUCUUCCGAAGAAUUGACUGGGAGAAACUGGAACAAAGGGAGAUACAGCCUCCAUUCAAACCAAAAGUGUGUGGCAGAAGUGCUGAAAACUUCGACAAGUUUUUCACAAGAGGCCAGCCAGUGUUGACACCACCUGACCAGUUGGUCAUUGCUAAUAUUGACCAGGCAGAGUUUGAAGGAUUCUCAUUUGUAAACCAAGAUUUCAUUCAUCCCAGUUUAACCAAUGUUAUAUGAAGAGGACAAGCAAAUACAGCAAGAAACCCUUUGUUUAAAAUGACUAUAAUCAAUCGACCAUUAACUUUACAAGAUUAAUAAUGUUCAGAAAAGGUUAAGGAACAUGCACUUUUAACUUUUAGAGAAAACAUUAAUAUACUUUAUUAAGAUUUACUGACAAAAUUUUGAAGUCCAACUUUAAAUUGUCUAAUAUAAUUGUGAACUGAUUUUUAGUAAGUCAUUCUCCUCUGCUGAAUUUUAGCAUUUUUUUUAAAAAAAGAUGUUGAGGUACAAAUUGCAAUAUACAUUUGGCCCCCAAGGGACCAGUUCUUUUCCCUUUGUCUUCCCAAUUUUAGGUUGGUUCUAUAGCCUUUUCAUCAAAGAACAAAUGGGAAACAGAUUUGUUUCUCCAAAAUAUAAUGGUUGAAAUAUGUUCAAGUAAAUCAAAAAUAUUAUGAAAUUCUCAUUCUACAACUUGCACUAAUAUGUACAAUUUAUUUCCUUCUGGAUAAAUGAACAAUAAAGCUUUGUUGAGGACAGAAUUAAUUGAAAAGAAUAAAACAAAAUGAUCAAGUUAUUUUCGCAUUUCAACAAGUUCUCGAGAUCUUUCAUCCAAAGUAAGAAAGGAUGUUAAACAGAUUUUCUCGUGAAAUACUCAGUUUAACACAUUCCCUUUUUUAAGGUACAACUUAAUCUAGUGCACAAUUCAAAUAUUCAGAACAGAUGACCAUUCUGAUUGUAUAUGAAACAAUAAAAAUAAGAAAAUCAGUUGUCUAGUUCAUAUUACAUUACAAUUUAUUGAAUAGAAUGACUGAUAGUUAUUUCCGACAAACAAUCAAUGAUGUUUUGCUAUACCAUCAUUCAAUAUGUAAAGGGGGCACACCAUAUUACCACAUUUGUCAAGAUUUCAAUUUUUGUCAGAUAUGUUACAUAUAAUAAACUGAAUCACAGAAGUAACAGCCAUCACUCGCACAUGCCAUUCAGGAAAAUGAUAUGACAUUUCUUGCUCGGGGCCCCUUUCAUGGCACUAAGUGCAGGGUUCUGAGUGUAUACCACACCAAGACACAAAGUCAUUUUCUUAAGUUGCUUCUUACUACUGAUGUAGAUCAACUUUUUAAAGCAAGUACAUAUAUAUAAAAAAAAGAUACAUUGUUUGGUUCACAUGCCUGGCUUAACUCUUUUUUUUAAAUCAAACUUGUCAUUUUCCUUAAGCUUAAAUGGUAAAUGCUAAUUCUUAAAGAGUGAUAGUAAGUCCAUUUGGGCAUCUUAAUUAAUUUUUGAAAUGAGAGCCAGUUGUGAAUAUUUUUGCCUUGAUUUUGGAAAUCUUAAUUUAGUUAUUCAAUAUUCUGCCUUUGCAAAUUGCACGUCAGAAUACAAUUAGCAUGCUGUCGAUAGGUGUUGCAUGUAACAAGGCCUAAAUUUUGAAAGCACGUAUGUUUGGUAAUUGGUCUAAGUAGUGUUUGUCAUUUCCAAGUUGAAAAAUUGCUCCUUUUAGAAAUAAAAUUUAAAUUGAAAAUGUCAAGUUUUUAAAAAAUCAUAUCCUUGUUACAUUUCUCUACACUAUUUUUCCCAUUUCACAAGUCAGUCACAUGGUUGACUCUUAAAUUAUGAGAUACAGUCAAUGUACAUAUACAUUCAGCCCAUUGUUAGUCAAAACAUUAAUAUUGAAAACCAGCACUGAUUGAUGUUACAAACAAAUAUUUUAGAUGAAUGAUGCAAAUAGUUAAUUUAUAAUGCCUAAUAUAGUUAAGCACUAUCCUACUCAGUUUAAAGUAAUCUUGUGGACCAAAAUUUUUAUUAAGUGAGUUUGCUUAACCAGCUUGAAUACAAAUAUUUAAUUAAUCAGAGGUCGGAGGGAAGCAAAGAACAUGCAUGUAAGUUAAAUGCUAAAAUAUGGACAUUUUUGUGAUGGUUUAAAAUUGGAAAUAAAGUUCAAGGUUGAUCAGG